AUGGCGUUAAAUCCCAUGAAAUAUUUUAGUAAAGAUCUGAUUGAAAAACCUGUACCGUUAGAUGUAUGGUUACAAGGAACAAUUGAACAAACAGUUGGCAACAAUAUAUUAAUAAUCUCAGACAAUUAUGGAAGAGUUAAAAUAACGAAAUGUGAAUCUGCUGAUGGAGUAAUAGAUAAAGCAACUUUACGCAAAUACCUACAAAAAUUUUAUUUUUCAUUUCUUCCCACAGGAAAUUAUUGUUGUAUAAUAGGCAUAGCAGUAAAGACUAAAGGCCUGCCAGAAGUUCAAGCGACUAAAUAUAUAGACUUAAGUCAGCAUCCUGACAUGAAAGUUGCUUGGGAAUAUGAAGUAAGAGAAGCUCAUUUAUUACUUCAAGGAAAAAUUUUACCAAGAAUUUAG